AUGAUAAAUAGUUCAAACAGUUUAAAUUAUACACUUUACCCAACAAAUAGAGUAUGGAUGUUUAUGGAUGCACUAUGGAAACAUACGAGAGGUAUACCAAGAUACAGUAUACCACCACUUCAUAAAAUAAUCGAACUUCAAAGAGCAAUCGAUAUCAGUUUUUUGCAUUUUAAAAAUAUAUCAGAGCCUAAGAUAAGUUUUGAAAAUACUGAUUUUUUUGAAAGGACACCGAGAAUUUUUUCCAUUAUUAUAUACUUGUCAUGGUUUUUGGCAUUAUCAUUAAUGGUUCCACCAAUAGUCAGUAGAGUGAUUCAAGAAAAAUUCACUGGGGCCAAGGAGUUGAUGUUAAUGAUGGGAGUUAAAAAAUGGGAACUUUGGAUAGCAAAAUUUGUCGAUUCAUUUUUGUUGUUGACAAUAUCUGUAACUUUUAUGGUAUUAUUUUUAUACAUUCCACUGAAAGAAAACUCGAGUACUCUGACUGUGUCUCCAUUUAUUUUAUGGAGUGUGAUUUUAUAUGGACUUGGAGGAGUCAUUAUAUUUUUAUUUUUUAUCAGUUGCUUUUUCGAAAAAGCAAGUCUAGGAAUAUUUGUCACGGAAAUUAUUUGGAGUUUAUCUUUUAUAUUCAGUCAAUUUAUUUCCAAUUUAAUCGAAUUGCCCAUAUUAGUCAAAUACCUUAUAUGUCUUUUUCCUCACGUGACACUAAUGAAUGGAAUUUCAAUAAUAUUAGAUUUCGAUUUUUACGGUAAAGAUGUUCAAUUUACGGAAAAACUAUCCGGAAAAGAAGAUUAUUUAUCUCUGUUAGAAAUUUUUCUCAUCAUGUCUUUCAAUACAAUAUUAUAUUCUUUGUUAACUUGGUAUUUGGAACAAGUUACGCCUAGUAAAUUUGGUAUUCCUAAACCUUAUGGAUUUUGUUUUAAGAAAUCUUAUUGGUUUCCACCCAAAAUUCAUAAUUUUAAAACCGAUAUAGCCUUAAACACGGUGGUGCCUGAUUGUUACGAACCUGUACCGCCUGAUCUUGACGUUGGAAUAAGUCUUCAAAAUGUCAGUAAAGUGUACAGUUCGUCCGAUAAAGCUCCAGUAAUUGCAGUUAAUGAUAUCAGCAUAAAUUUUUACGCUGGAGAAAUAAGCGCUUUAUUGGGGCACAAUGGCGCUGGAAAAACAACGACAUUUUCCAUUAUAACAGGUUUAACUUGUCCUACUUCCGGUACGGUUUUGAUUGACGGAUGUGAUUUAUCUACAAAUUUGGAAGAAGCAAGACACAGCCUCGGUUUGUGUCCGCAAAAAGACAUGCUCUUUAACGAUUUGACAACUUUUCAAAUUUUAAAAUUUUAUGGCGUGAUAAAAGGACUGAGCUUUAGUGAAGCGAAUGCAGAAAGUUUGGAACUCAUUGAAAAAUUAAAAUUGGAAACGGUUAAAAACACUCAAACAUGUCAUUUAUCGGGAGGGCAAAAAAGAAAAGUUUCCCUCGCGAUUGCUUUAAUCGGUGGGAGUAAAGUCUUGAUAUUAGACGAACCUACAUCAGGUAUGGAUCCGGAAAUCAGACGAGAAAUUUGGGAAAUCCUAUUGAAUCUCAGAGGUGCGAGAACCAUUUUAAUAACGACGCAUUUUAUGGAAGAAGCAGAUGCUUUAUGCGACAGAAUUGCAAUUAUGAGCUGUGGAAAAAUUCAAUGUUACGGAAGUUCGUUAUUUUUAAAAUCUAAAUACGGGAGAGGAUACGUUCUUUCCAUUGUCGUCAACGACAUCGAACAAGUCGAGGAUGUAACUAAAAUAAUUAAAAAACAUGUAUCGACCGCAAAAUUCAAGUCACAAAAUAUUCGAACCGUAUCGUAUGAACUUCCGGAAAGCGAAAUCGAUAAAUUUUCCACGCUUUUGACGGAGCUGGAUAAAAAACAAGGCGAGCAAAAUAUCAUAUCCUACGGUAUAAGCGUCGCCACGUUGGAAGAUGUAUUCUUAAAGUUGAGAAACAAAAGCGAAUUGACGGAAAAUUUGGACUCCACGGAUUCACCGCCUUAUAAGAAACUUAUUAAUCCCUCCGAAACGAAACCGAAUAAAGUCUCCGACUUUUAUUUGUAUUUCUAUCAAUUUUGGGCGCUACUGAUAAAAAAAUUUAUCUUUUUCAAAAAUACCUACAAGUAUUAUUUCGUGUAUUCGAUAUUACCAAUAGUUCUAGUUAUAAGUACUUUAUAUUUUAAUAAUAAUAAUAAUGAGACGAGUGGUAAAAAAACGGACGUGAACAAAAGUUUACCGAUAUUGUAUUCGACGGAUUUGUAUUCGCCAUUCGUGGUUUUUUACAACGUGAAAAACAACAGCGCGGGAAAAACGUUUCCGGAAUACGCUCGGAGUUUAAAUUUGAAAACGGAAGAGAGUAAAAACGUUAAAAAAGAUAUUCACAGAAUAUUCAUGAGUGAUUUUUACAACUAUUCGAGAAAUAUAAAUUUAGGCGUCGAAUUUUUACCGCGAGAAAUUCAUAUUUUUCACAACGACGAAGCCGUUCACAUGAUACCCGCAGCUUUAAAUCUUAUCCAUAAUUUUGCAUUGAAAUGGAAAAAAAUGAACGAGUCCGCCAUAACUACAACAGUCAGUUUUAAAUUUAUUCUAAAGGAACAAUUUUACAUAUCGCCGAGAAUUCCAAAAUGUUCGUUGGAAACGAUACCGGAUUUCAGCGGAAUUCAAACGUUAUUUUAUUUCAUAGCUCCUUUGAAAGAAGAAAUUUCCGGGGCUAAAGAAAUUCAAUUGAUGAUAGCGCCGGCGAGCGUUUAUUGGCUUUCUCAUUUGAUAUUCGAUUUGGCUUCGUUUGCCGUUUACAUGACGGUCGUUUGUCUUCUCUAUGGAUUUUCACCCGGAAGUGAAUUUAUUUCCCUAUACGCCGGUCAAAUAUUUGUGAGUUUGGUUUUCUGGGGUACGGGAUUAAUUUUGCUCACAUAUCUCAUAUCGACGUUGAUUCGAAACGAAGCCGGAGCUUUUUCAGCGAACAUUAUCAUAUAUAUUAUAUUCACUUUUAUAAUAAAUAAUCCCAUCACGUCACUCGGUUUACCAACUUUUUUCCAAUACAUGCAUCCAACUUGCAUAUUAAAAGUCGGUUAUUCUAAUUUAUGCGCCGAAAAUUACAAUCAUUAUAUAUUGGCAUUAUUGCUCUACAGUGCCUUCUUAUUCGGUUUGCUUAUUUUAAAAGAUUCGAAAUUCAUGUCGGAAAGUUUUCACAUACUCGUUAAUAGAUUUGUCAAAGUCGAAUACCUGAAUCCACCCAAAAAAGAAGAUAGUUUGGUGAAGGAGGAAAAAUUAUUAGUUGAAAAAGUUAUCGAUAAACAGGAUACGGCGGGUUUUUCCCUGAUCGUCAACGAUUUAAAAAAAUGGUAUUUUAAAUCGAACAAACUGUCUCCGGCCGUUCGAGGUAUAUCGUUCACCGUUAACGAAGGAGAAUGUUUUGGAUUGUUGGGAGUCAAUGGAGCGGGAAAAACAUCAACGUUUAAAAUUUUAACCGGAACUUUAUCACCAAGCUACGGUUUGAUUUUUGCUCGGUCGGAAAAUUUAUCUCUUCUCAAUAGGAAAAGGUAUUUACUUCACAUCGGUUACUGUCCUCAAUCCGGUGGUUUGAUUUCUUCGUUCAAAGGAAAAGAACUUUUGGAAUUAUUCGGUCGUCUCAGAGGGAUAACAGGAUGUCAAAUCGAAAUGGAAGCAUCGAAAUGGUUGGAAAAAUUAGAACUCACCGAACUGGCGGAUCAAAAAUGCGGUACCUACAGCGGUGGGAAUCAAAGGAAACUCAGCACUGCCAUAUCGUUGAUCGGUGAUUGUCCUUUGAUUUUUCUGGAUGAACCCACGAGCGGAGUGGAUCCCGCAUCCCGUCGCGUGAUGUGGGACGUUAUAAGUGAAAUUCAAAAAAGGAAACAAUCCGUCGUGUUGACAUCUCACAGCAUGGACGAAUGCGAAGCUCUCUGUUCAAGGCUUGCCAUUAUGAUAGAAGGAAGAUUUUGUUGUCUCGGUGAAAUAACGACGUUGAAAGAAAAAUUUGGUCAAGGUUAUACGGUGCAAAUAAAAGUGAGUUGCGGUACGGCGGAUGAAAAUUUAAAAAAAUUAAAAAAAUCAUUCACGGAUACUUUCGGCACGGGUUGUAAUUUGGUAGACGAACAUUUGACCAUUCAUCAAUAUUUCGUGCCGAAGAGAAACACGUCGUGGUCUUCGCUUUUUUCAAAAUUAAAAACAUUGAAAGACGAACAUGAUUUUAUUGAAUCGUACACGGCAAGCGAAACAAAUUUAGAACAAAUUUUUAUUUAUUUGGCGAGAAAUCAAGAAGAAGAAGAAGAAGGAGAAGAAGAAAAAACAUGUUGA